UGAUUGUCACUACCUAGUGGGAGGGAGGAGCGUGACGGCUUGGUCGGCAUGUAAACAGUGCAAAGUGUAAUCUGUCUUUAGUAUUGCAUAGGUCUAUUUAUCAGUUCAUUCAUAUACAUGUUCAUAAAUCCGUUUCCAUAGGCAAGAGAAAAGCAUGAAACUGUAUCAUGCUCUUCGUAACGCCGCGUCAUUCCGGACGUUUUUUGACUUUGGUGAGCGUGAUGUGGCCCAUUGGUUUCCAGGACACAUGGCAAAAGGACUCAAGCAGAUGAGAGCCACCAUGAAGAAUGUGGACUGCAUUAUAGAAAUCCAUGAUGCCAGAAUCCCGUUCUCUGGAAGAAACCCUCUCUUCCAGGAGAGUCUUGAUGUGAGGCCACACCUGCUUGUUCUCAACAAGGUGGAUUUGGCUGACCUAUCCACUAAACAGAGGAUGGUGAAGGAGCUGGAGAGGAGCGGGGUGAAGAACAUUCUCUUCACCGACAGCCUCAAACAGAGAGACGACAACAUCAAAAAGCUGGUUCCCAUGGUGACAGAGAUGAUUAACAACAAACCACGCUUUAACCGCGAGGAGAGUACAAGUUACUGCCUAAUGGUGAUUGGGGUUCCCAACGUUGGAAAGUCGUCGCUCAUUAACGCAUUAAGAAGAACAUAUUUGAAAAAAGGUCGUGCAUCUCGGGUGGGAGGGGAGCCGGGUAUAACCAAAGCCGUCCUGACCAGAAUUCAGGUGUGUGACCGACCCAUCAUGCACCUGUUGGACACCCCAGGAGUCCUGCCUCCUAAGAUCGAGAGCGUUGAGACUGGUUUGAAGCUUGCUUUGUGUGGAACUAUAUUAGAUCAUUUAGUUGGCGAAGAUGUCAUGGCAGACUACUUACUGUAUUCUUUGAAUAGGCUUCAGAAAUUUAGUUACGUGGAGAGAUAUGGACUUGGGGAUCCCAGUGAUAAUAUUGAACAUGUUCUCAAGGGUAUUGCUGUUAAGCUAGGCAAGACUCAACGGGUUAAAGCCAUCACCGGAAUUGGAAACAUCACCGUCAGGAUUCCAAACUACACGGCCGCAGCCUACGACUUCAUCAGGGCCUUCCGGAGAGGAGAGCUGGGCCAGGUGCUGCUGGACUGACCCACUUCCAGAAACAAAAAAACUUCUGGAGACUUUUUUCAAAGUCCUUUCCCCCUGCAAGCACUUAAAGCCCCACCUUUCUUAAAGGGGGGGUUGGGAUGCUCCCUGGGAAUGCAUGAAGUCCACUCUGGGUAAAGGACAUGCGACUGACUCGGUUGAGACAAACGUGUUGUUGUUUUUUUAAUAGCAUAUAGACAAAUUGAUAAUAAAAUCUUCAUAUAAAUGUGUACAUCA